AAGGACAACAUUUAGUAUUCGCUCAGCAGUAGGUGGACAUAAUUGCGGUUAUAUUUCAAAGACCUGAAAAUGAAUUUUUCAACAAAUACUUCUGAAAUAGAAUCUGGAGGUUUGAUGUUAAAAGGAGACAGUUUUGCAAUUUGGGUUUCAACAAUUUGCCUUUCAGUGGGGUAUUUUGUCGCUACGACUUACAUUAUGGUAAUGCUGAUAACUGAUAUGUGCACAGACGGAGUCGAACCGAGCGGCGCUACCGAAAGUGUUGGGAAACAAAUGAGAAAAUGGAUCAAAAUAUCACGUUUUAUAUUCGUCGCUAUUUGCAACAUUCACUACCUGAUUGGCUGGCUUGGACAAAUGUUGGUCGAUUUGUACUACCCGGAAUCUUGCUAUGUAUACAAAAGCUGCAAACUCAUGAUCGAAUCGGGUGCUGCUUGUUUCACCUAUUUGACGGUUUGGAUUAGACAUCGAAUAAUCCAUAGCAUUCCCGCCAUGAAGCAUGCAACUAAUCUCGCUACUCGCAUCUUGAGUAUAGUUGUAUUAGUCUUAGCUGUAACUGGCCCCAUUCUAAAUAGAUUGCUCGUGAUUCUCAGAUGUUCAGCCAAAGUUGUACAAGAAGGAUGCUUUUUGGUCGAAUUUGAUAUCCCAUUUCAGAUACCAAUCGUUAUAUUUGGCGUGUCGUCAAUUGUAAUGCAAGUUAUAAUACUGGGACUUUUCCUUCAUCCUCUACGUCAGCAUCAAAAGAACAUUGGCACAGCAGCUGACAAUUUGACACCUAUGCUAAAAAAAGCUUACUUUGCCGUUUCACUGUUGAUGUUGCGUGUUAUGCAAGUCCCACUAAUGAAAUAUGCUGACUUGUGA